GAAUAGAGGCUCGCGGGUUCCUAUUUGGUCCACCAAUCGCGUUAGCCAUUGGAGCGAAGUUCGUUCCUCUUCGGAAACCCAAGAAACUGCCUGGCGAAACAAUAUUUGAGGAAUACGAGUUGGAGUACGGAAGUGACCGGCUAGAGAUGCACGUAGGAGCUGUCGAGACCGGAGACCGAGCUUUGGUCGUCGAUGAUCUCAUUGCAACCGGUGGUACUCUCUGCGCCGCCAUUAACUUGCUCGAGAGGGUUGGAGCAGAAGUUGUGGAAUGUGCAUGUGUGAUCGAGUUACCCGAAUUGAAGGGAAGGCAGAAACUCAAGGGAAAGCCAUUAUGCAUGCUUGUGGAGUACCGAUAA